AAUGGACAUUUCAUAUUCCAUAAAUUUUAUGUUGGUCAAGUUUACAUCACAUUCGUCAGUUUCAUUCAGUUAGAUGUUGAAGCUUAAAGCUUUCGUAAAUAUGAGCGGAAUUGACCUGAUUUUGACUUCAUUGUGUUUGAACAUAACCUGUGAUUAUAUUCGUUUGGAGAAAUCACCUAGUCAGGCUGAUUGGCUAAUUGAUAGUUGCAUUAAACCCAGAAAUGAAACUUGUGUGGGAUAUAUGUUACCCAAUGCGACUGAGCUCGCUUUUAAUACCGUCGAAAAUAAUUUGACCAGUUCGAAGGAGUUAAAAGAAUUUGCUCUGGAUGAAAUACGUCAGAAGUUGAACGGCUCAAAAUUAAAUAUAAUUACAUUAGAAGAUUAUCCGCUGAGCUACAAAGAUGCGAAUGGAACAUUUGGGUACAAGGGCGUUGCUUUCCUGAUUCUAGAUUUUUUGGCAGACAAAUUUAAUUUUACGUAUGCCGUUACCGAACCACCGGUAAACAAAGUUGGGUCCACCGAUGAUAUGACUGGAAGUUUGAUUGAAGCAGUCAAUAAAACGGGUGCUGACAUGGUCGCAGCGUUCCUCCCAGUCAUUUCUGACGCUCGCCUGUACGUGGACUAUUCGACAACGACUCUGGAUGAAGGAGAAUGGAUGAUGAUAAUGAAGCGUCCAGCCGAAUCGGCCACUGGAUCUGGUCUAUUGGCUCCAUUCAAUCGAAAUGUUUGGAUUUUGAUAUUCGUUUCGCUGUUUGCCGUCGGACCGAUUAUAUAUGGCCUGAUAAUUGUACGGAAUAAUUUGACUCGUGACAAUUCUCAAAAAGUGUAUGCACUACCAAAUUGUGUGUGGUUCGUGUAUGGUGCUCUCAUGAAACAAGGCAGCACUUUAUCACCAGUCGCAGAUUCAACACGUCUACUAUUUGCUACGUGGUGGAUUUUUAUCACAAUACUAACAUCUUUUUACACCGCAAAUUUAACUGCAUUUUUAACUCUAUCCAAAUUUACUUUACCAAUCAACGAUGUAAAUGAUAUCAUUAGCAACAACAAAUAUUUUGUCGCUCAACGCGGCAGUGGAGUUGAAUAUGCUAUCAAAAAUAGAAAUGAAGCCCUCAGCCAACUAUUGAAAAUGGUUGAAAAGAAACGUGGUGUUUUCACAGAGACAAAUGAUGAUGUAGCAACAUUAGAACGCUACGUUCAAAAGGAAAACUACGUCUUUAUCAGAGAUCGACCUGCUAUGAACCAUCUAAUUUACGAGGAUUAUAAGCGCCGCAAAACCAUCAGUAUCGAAGAAAAAGCGCACUGUCCAUUCGCUAUUGCUACCAAGCCCUUUAUGACACGUAAACGGGCAUUUGCUUAUCCCAAAAAUUCGGCCUGGAGCAGUCUUUUCGAUCCCGAACUUCUACAUCUUGUCGAGUCAGGAAUUGUAAAGUAUAUGUUGUGGGAAGAAUUGCCGAAGGCUGAGAUUUGUCCACAAAAUUUAGGUGGCACGGAGAGGCAAUUGAGAAACGGAGAUUUGUUGAUGACUUAUCAGAUAAUGCUGGCUGGCUUCGGUACCGGUGCUGUUAUAUUUUUGACGGAGAUACUCUUCAGAAUCCUUCUAAACCGUCAGAAAGGCCACAAUAUCAAAGAUCCGUAUGCGAAAAAAGCCAAUAAAUCAGAUGCUCUUACUAUUACACCACCACCAGCUUAUGCAACGUUAUAUAAUCGAAGUCGCAAAGAUAAUAUCUGGACCUUAUCAGAAACGGAAAACAAAAAUACUCAAUACAUAAAUGGACGAGAAUAUAUGGUUGUCAAAGGAGAAGAUGGAGUACAAAGAUUGAUUCCGCUACGCACACCUUCAGCUGCACUAUUUCAAUAUUCUUACACAAAGUGAAUCAUUUGUAAUUUGUGUUUGAUUCAUUAUUGAAGUACGUUUCAAAUUAGUAAAUAAGGACCAGAUUGCAUUGUUUUCCACUCAGUUUUUGGCGCAGUCUGCCCAAAAGUUUUUUUUUCUGUCUCUUUGUAUGGAGGGAGGUUCUCAAUCUUUGGAAUGUAGGAAAAAGCUGGCUAUGCUAUAGGUACUUUUCCUAACGCAUGCUAGUACCUCGAGAUCAUGGCUGGAAACAUCUCAUUCACCAAAGAAGGCCCUAUAUUAGCAUAUAAGUUUAAGAACACAAUUUUCUCUAUUGAGAGUCUAGCGACAGAGUCGCGAUAGUUCCACUUCAAUUUAAAGAGAAACGAAGCUGUAAACGUUUGGUCCUUUUUUACCAGACUAACAAGGAAUCAGUGAUGCUAAGCUAGGCUAAUCAGUCAGCACUCUUAUGGAUAACAGUGAACUGUUGUACUAUUUUAAAGAACAAAAAAUUGAAAAAAUGAAUGUUACUGUCGGUUGUUGUCAUGCACAGUUUUUGUUUCAAAAAUCAACCAUCGAUGUAACUCUAAAUUCUUAUCUUUCAAUAAUAAACUUUGUAGAUUGAAUUGAAAA